AUGGCGGCGGCAACAUCAACCUCGAAAACGCGCUACGUCGCCUCGACCUUCCCCGAAAACCCCCUGCCGACGAAGAACUUUGACCCGCCGGCCUCAUGCUCCGGCGUGUACUGGACAAACUCCGUCUUCGCGAUCGACAAUGACCCGGCCUGCUUGCCGAACAAGUUCAACGGCGCCAGCACCGCCUUUUACUCCCCUGGUACUGCUUGCCCGACGGGCUACACCGUGCAGCCGCAGUGCUCCCGGAACAAUGGAGUGCGCAGCAUCACUACCGUGACGUGCUGCCCGCACCGCGGCGACAUCACAAUGUCAUGUGUGGAGAACGACCUGACUCUGGCAGAGAGGUGGGAGACGCAGUUCUGCACGUGGAUGGCGGGCCCAGCGACGGUGGUAGAGUAUACCCUCGUCUCGGACGGAAGCACGUCGAGCGCUGCGGCGACGAUGAGUGAUCGGGACGGAAUCAACGCGUACGGCAUCCGGAUGGUGUACCAGGCAAGCGAUCUAGUCACAAACACCGCAUCGGCGACGGCCACGGGCACCGACAGUGGGGCUGGGACAUCGAGUACCGGUGACGGCAGCAGCGACUCCUCUGCGAGUGACGGGCUUUCGACGGGGGGCAUCGUCGCCGUGGCGGUUGUCGUUCCCGUCGUUGUCAUCGCGAUACUUGCAGGUCUGUUCCUAUGCUGGAGGAGGCGGAAGCACAAGUAUGCGGGCGUACAGCAGACGCAGCCCGGGCCAGACGGGCAGACGCCGCCUCAGCAGACCGCGUACGCGUACCAGAACAGCAACUACCAGGGCAGCAGCUACGCGCCGAGCGAGAUGGCGGGAGGAAGCGUCGCGGGGUAUUAUCAGAACGACAAGGUGCUGCAGCCGGGACAAGCGGUCGCGGGGCAGCAGUUCAAGGGGUACCCGCACCAGACGCCGGCUGCGCCUGCUGAGUUGCCGGUGGGAGAGGCACCGGCGGAGUUGGAUGCUAGCGGAGGUAAUGGGAGGUAG